GGCGGGGACAUGUUCAGACUCUCAAGAACUUACGGUCCCUGAACCGCUGGGGAAUGAGAUGGUGGUGCGUGUCGAUUGUUCCAGACAUUUUGACCGUCAACUGCUGAUUGUUACUCUGUCCAACCACCCCCAGUCCGAAGUUGUGUGCCUGGAACGAUUAUUAUAUCGUAUCUGAUUUGCAGUGUCUGGGUACUACCAGUGGGUAGGUGCCUAGGCAGAUACUUCGGCCCAUUAAGCCGCGGUGUCUCAUUCCUAGUCAUUGAUUGCCUUCAAUGAUUAGCCUUCAAUAUUGGCCUUCAAUAUUGGCCUUCAUAUUGGCCGUCAAUAUUGGCCUUCAAUGAUUGGCCUUCAAUGAUUGCCUUCAAUGAUUGGCCUUCAAUUUAUUGCCGUGAUGCCGGCGUAAAACAUCUAGCUGGUGUUGGAGUUACACGUUCGGGACGGCCGGCGGGUUUACCGUUUUGGAUCUCUAUGCCGGCUGGUUUGGGCUGCACAAAGAAAGUCCCCUGUAAUCCAGAUCGCUAGUCAUCACUCCUCGAAGUAUCCCACAACUAAAUCUACAAUUUCUAGUGCAAAAAAACAACGCUCGCAAAUCUCACUCUGACAGCAAUUUGCAACUCACCGUUGGUUGUUGAGUGCCUCAACAGCCAAAUCGGAGAACAGCCAAAGCGGAGAACACCAAAGCGGAGAACACCAAAGCGGAG